UUACAAAGAGGCUGCACAGCUCAUUAUCAUUUGACUGUCAGUCACUGAGUCUGUUCCAAUUUAGAACAAGUUUUAAAACAUUUGUUUAUUCAGCCGUGGAAACCCUCAUAGCAGUUCAAUUGUGCCAUAUAUUUGUGACAAGGUCUCCAGUUUAGGCUUCAAAUAAAUGUUAACAGCAAACUGUGCCAUCAACAACUGGAUGUCAUGUGCCGUUUACCUUUUCCCGAUCUCUACUUUACCAGACAUGUGAUAAACUAUGUCCAAUUAUCCCGGCUACCCACCAUCAUUUAGCUCAUGGAACUCGUUCACGCCUUCUAACCAGAACUCCUUCCCAGCGGGAAAUUUGUACCUUCCUAGAAGUUAUUUACCAGCAGUUGUUCGAUCUUCUCUGCUCGAUCCACUGUCAGCCAUUCCACUGGGAUUCCAUUCUCAUCCAACGUCAAGGUAUCUUCCGCAGAAUUCAGACAUACCAGCACUUGGUCUUGAGCCACUUUAUGGAUUUGGACCCUAUGAACCCAGAAAUCUUCUUCAUAGUCCCAAUUUUCAUCUUUCUCAAAAUCCAUCACCAUUGACAUUUGACCAGAUCUAUCUAUCUGGAGCCAGUUCCGUUUCGCCGGUUUCCAAUCAUAGAAGCCAGUUAGAUGAGCGUUCUUUUGCUACAAGGUUAAAUAUACCUGGACAUAUAAGUGAGCCCUUGAGACCUGAGUUUCCGUGGCAAAAGAAGUCGAAUUUUAAAGACGGAAAACAUUGCCAUACUGACAUUGGAAAACAGGACUUCAGAAUUUGGAAGCCCUUUGAAAGAUCUGUCAGUGAGGUAAAUGAAGAAUAUAAAGAGCUUUCCAGACCAAAGGCAAAGGGGUCCUUUACCAUAGACUCUUUAACUGGAAAAAAUAAAACUUUUGAAAGCAGUGAGCAAACAGCAACAAAAGUCGAUGCAAAUGGAAAUUUUGAAAAGCAUUCUGUGGAAACCUCAAAAUCAGUUUCAGAAAAACCUGCAUAUCCAAUAAGACCAAUCCCAGUGCUCAGUUCAGGGUGCUCAUUUACUGGGAAAGAAAUUAAGCACAGUUUGCCUAAAAAUUAUCUUUUCUCAAAGGAAAAUUCCUUUUUAGUACAAGAUCAAAGUUUAAAGUCUAGUACAAUUUUGACAAAUGUUUUAAGAACUGACACAAUAUACCCACAGAUAAAUGAAGUAAAUAAGCCUUCAGCAAAAGCCUAUCUAAAAAUUGAGCAGGAAAAUCCAGUUGUUACAAACACUUUCUGUGAUAACCCAACAACAAAUAAUGAUUGCGCUGUUAAUGCUGAUGAUGAAGCCCAUUCAAUAGCUGUAGCUAAAUCUGAUGUUGAAAAUAUAAAUAAUCAAAGUAAUACAGUUUCAGAAGCAGUUAAAAAUUGCCUGCCAAGUUUGAAAAUUGAAAUACCUUCAAGUGGUAAGAAAGUUUUGAAAACUCCAGAACUUAUUUCACCAACAAACUCAUUUUCACCAACGAAAGGAAAGCAUAAUAAAAAAGAUGAACUCCAAUUACUGAGCAAUCAAGUGAAUGAAGUUAGAAGCAGACGAUUAAGCAAAGAGUUUAAAGAAGUUCUAUCACCAACUCUUUUAUCUCCCAAGGUGAAGGAAAGUGGAACUGUCGCUCAAUCGAACGUAAGUGAACAGCAAAGUGAGCAAACAGUUUCAGAGGACGCAAGAGUGCAAUAUUCAUCAGAGAACAAAAAGGACAGAAUUCACAGUGUUCAAAGGUGA